AAUUUAUAAGUAUGCUAACUUGUAGUGUAGGACUGUCAAUCUGCCAUAUCAGUUUUCAUCCUCUUAAUUCUAUUAGGUUUAUCUUGAUCUAAAGUCGGAUGUGGAAUAGUGCAAAAUUAUAUAAUUGUUGAACUUUAUCUAAAAGCAUUUCAGAUUUCAUUUUAGUCAUUAAUGAUGCCAAGAAUUUACUCAUGGCAUAUAUUUUUCUCUGGAAACCCAUGUUUUUAUUCUUUUAUUGUUAGUUUAUAUAUUGUGAUAAGUUAUAGAAUUUAACAGUGAAUUUGGAUUUGGAAGAUAUCUGGUGGAUGUCCAUGAAAGUGAAUGGAAUUAUAGAUUCAGAUAAGACUUAUGACGAGAACAUGUCAAACUGAUAAAGGCAAAGGCUACAGUUUCAUAGUUUUCGUGCUUGAAAGAAGAAUAACAGGGCACAUUUUAAGGCUGCAAUGUUACUGCAUUGUCUGAUGAGGCAAGGGAAUUAUCUGUUUUUGACUUAAUUAAUGCAAAACUAUUGAUAUUGCCAAAAUAACUAUCAUAAAUGUAUAAAAACCUCUUGUAAAGGGCAGAAAGAUAUGCAAAUUGAAGUCUCAACUCCUUACUUUCUCAUUUAAAAGGGACAACAAUCGGGCACUAAUCCUGGUCGAUCUCUUUCUUUGUUGUGUUAUGCAGAUCAAUAUGGACUUUAGUGACUGCCUAGUCUUUCCGAACCAAAUAUAUCUUAGUAGUGCACGCCCGACUAUUUUCAAAAUUGAUUACUUAGUGUGAUAUCACAUUCCAUUAACAAUGAUAUAUGGAGUUAGAAUUGCUAUCGAUGGGGAAGAUUCUCUCAUAAAAUUAAUGGAUUGUAAAAGAAAAGAAAAGAAAAAGAAAGAAGAUAAACUCCAGAAAGUGGAAUUUGUUUCCAAUAAUUCUGCAUCUUACUUGGUCCCUAACCCAACAAAGGGUAUAUAGACUCAAAAAAUGGAUAAAAUAAGAAAGUUGGAAAUGAUUUAUAUAGAGGAUCCUCUAUAGAAUGUAAUGUAGGAAGGGAGGAGAGAGUGUGUGCGUGAGAUAUGGAGUUCCAUCGUAGAAGGGUGAGUAUAGUUAUUCCUUUAUAAUGUUUGAAGGUUGUGUGAAGAUUUUGUAUUUUUUCCCGGAGAAAUUCUUUUCUAUCAUUUGGUUAACUUCUUUUUCUAUCCACUGUUAGAGCAUUGAAGGUUGUGGUCUUAGCAUUUAAUGCAAUUUCCUAAUUAGAUCUCUCAAUUCUCUCUAUUGCUAGUCUAUUUUCUCAAACUAGAAGAAGUGAGAUUGUGCCAAAUUUUUACUUAUGGUUAUGAAAGUUUUUUCAUUUGUUUCCAUUUACAUUUUUCUGUAUAAAGUUACCAUGGGUUAUCUUUACAUUGUCAUUUCAUACUUUUCAUGAAAAAAAAGUAUUAGUUUUGCAAUAUUACUCAAAAGAAAAUUACAAGAGAUGCAUAGAUCUAACCUUUUGUUCACACUCUCAUUGAGAUGAAAUUCAACAAGAUGGUGAAGAUGGAAAUAGAAGAAACCUAUACUGUUACCUUACUACUGAGCAAACUAGGAGAAUGGAGGUCUUUUAAGCAGGAUUCAUGUCCAAAUGAAGGACAACGACAAAUAUUGAGUGAUAAGUUAGGUGUGGAUCCUCUACAAAUCAACUUUUGGUUUCAAAACAAGAGAAAUCAACAAAAGGUGUUAGCAGAAUACCAAUUCCCAUCCCCUCUUGUUCCAACACGAGAAUGUGUGUUCCUAAGAUUCUGCAAGAAGAUGUCAGAUAGAUGUUGGGCAAUCGUGGAUUUCUCUUUGGACUCCACUGAUCCUUGUGAUGCUCGAAAAUGCUUGAGAAAACCAUCCGGGUGUAUAAUUGAAAUAUUGUCAUUUGAAUAUCUCAAGGUAAUCUGGAUUGAGAAUGUUGAAGUGGAUAAUAGUUUUGUCCAUAAUAGGUAUAACACUCUUGUCGACUCUGGGCUAGCAUUUUGGUGCAAGACGUUGGGUAGUGACUUUGAAGCGACAAUGGCAGAACGGAUGGUUGUGAACUUUUCUAGUGUGACGGGCUCUUUUACUCAAAAUUGUAUAGCUGUAUCUGAUAUGAGCAUAGGUAAUGUGCGCCUUGUGAUUAGAAAGAGCGCUAAUGAUCCUACCAGGCCAUCAAGCACCGUGCUUACUGCAUCCACCUCAUUUUGGCUACCAUUUCAUCCAAAAAUAGUGUAUAAUAUUCUUCAAGAUGAGACUACUUAUGCCAAGGUGGGUAUCCUCUCGUGAAAGAUCUGAAUGCCAAAAAGAUAGAUCAAAUAGUGGUUGGAAAAGAAACAGAGGACACCGUUUCACUCCUUUGUUUAAGAGAUAUGACUUUCAAGGAAAUCUCUAACAAAGUGAUUAUCAUCCUUCAAGAGAGCAGUUUUGAUGUAGCGAGCUCAUAUGCGGUCUUUGCUCCAGUGAUGGAAAAAGACAUGAAUCAGCUUAUGAAUGGAACGGACUCCGGUGAAGUCCACCUUUUACCAUCAGGCUUUGCCAUAGCUGCUGAUGGACCUUCACUAAAUCGUGGUUCUCUUGUUACUGUCUCGUUUCAAAUCAUUAUGGACUCUUAACGUACAAGCUGAUCUGCCACAUGACAGUGUUGCUCUCAUUGAGAAUUUGGUACUGCACGCUGAGAAAAAUAUCGAGGAUGUGAUGUUGAAUGAUGAUCACAAUGUCUAAUGAGGUCCAUUACCAUCAAUAUAGACCAGUAAGUUGAUCAAAUCCAGUGAGCUGAACUGAUGUUUGGAAUUAGUUUUCUCUAUUUUGAACUAUAUGUGAUCUUAUUUAUAUUCGUAAAUAUAUAUAUAGUCUCUAGCUAUUUGAACUAUAUGAGAGCUUGAAGUUUUAAUCUUAAGGUGAUCAAAUCUCAUCUGACACGUUCAGAAUGCCAUGGUAUGCUCUUAAGAGUGGCAGAAAUCUUUCACCAAGUCCGAGGGUUUUGAUUUAUGUUAAUUGUGUUAUGAUGCAACUUCCAUGUCUGGUGGAAAGAAAAUCAGUUCGUUUUGCAUUGAAUAUUUCUCUAAUUCAGUCAGAUGUGUUUCUUUCAGUUCUAUUAAAUGGUUUUGAUAGUACGACGAAAACUAUAGCUUGCAUUGAAAAAAAAAGGAAAAAGAAAAAGAAAAAGAAAAAGAAAAAGAGUAAAGAUUGCAUGUCUUCUAUGCGUACUAUACAUGUGAAAUUUGGAGCAGAGUUUAAUCCUUAACCAGAGUCAUCUGAUAGAAACAAAAGGCGUGACCUGUUACCUUAUGUAUCAUACAUGUACACGCCUUUCUAAUCUUCCAUUAUUCUCUCUCAAGCUUCUCUUUCGGUUUCCACUUCAUCUUGCCUCUUACAGCACCUUUUUUUUUAAUAGAAUGAGCCCUCCAUAUUUCUUUUUUUUUUUUUUUUUUGACAUGAGAUAAAAUCAUAGGAGUGGUCGAUACUGCAUGAGUUUAAUAAUCAAGCAAAGGUCGUCAGUUGAUGCUCCUUUUCAAUUGAGUGCAGAUUCUAUGGCCCCAUUUGGCAUUUGGUGAGGGGUUAAGAGAAAGGUUAAAGAGAUUUAACCCUUUUUUAAACAAUCAAAUUGGUUAAUUUGGUCAAAGGGUUACCAAACUCUGGGAGGGUUAAAUUUAGUUAACCUCUCUAUGUAUGAUAAAAAGCCCCUCAUUCUUAUAGGAGUUUUUCUGAUGGGUUUUAUUAUUAUUGUCAAUUAGUAUCCUCAUUAUUUUACUCCAUCAAUAACUGUGGAUAGUAGUCCUCCAUCUCAAGGUGCUUUAUUUAUUUA